GUUUCCUUAGCCUCAGCGAUCCUCGCCUCGACGUACCUGGUAAUGCCGCACUCAAGGACCAACUGCUUGCUCUAAAGUGGAUCAAAAACAAUAUUUACUACUUCAAUGGAAACUCCAAUAAUAUCACAGUUUUCGGUGAAAGCGCUGGCGCUGCGUGCGCACAUAUUUUAUCCCUGACCGAUCAGGCUCGUGGACUCUUCCAACAGGCAAUUUUGAUGUCAGGUACCGCACUUUGCUCUUGGGCUAAUAUGACCCAAAGAGAUUUGGCUUACCGUUUAGCUGUACACCAUGGUUACAAAGGAAGAAAUAAUGACACGGAAGUGCUUGCCUACUUGGAAAAUUUGGAUGCGUCGAAAUUAGUGGACCAUUCGCUGCUUAACGAUGCAGAAAAACGUGAAUUCCAUUGGCUAACUUUCGCACCAACUGUAGAGCCAUAUGAAUCAGAUAAUUGUAUUAUACCCACCGAUCCAUUGAAUAUGUUAAAGUCAGCAUGGGGCAAUGGCAUACCUAUGCUCAUAGGUGGCAAUUCAUUUGAGGGCUUAGUUAUGUAUCCUCGUCUCAAGACACACCCGCAAAUAUUUGACUUAGUUAGGCAGCAGCCUGAAUUAUUACUGCCUACCGAAGUGAAAUAUAGUCAUAAAGAUAACGAAAAUCGGGUUAUGGGUGAACGCAUACUUAAUCUGUAUUUCGGUAAGCAGAAGGACGAAGUGGUGACAAAGCAGCCAACGCAGGAUCCCAUAUUCGAUUUGUUGCAUCUCUUCUCGCACAAGCUUUUCUGGCAUGCCGUCCACCGCACAGCACUUGCGCGCAUGAAAUAUGCCACGGCCAACACAUUUCUCUACCGAUUUGACUUUGACUCGCCCACCUUUAAUCAUCAUCGCUUACGCUUCUGCGGCGAGGACUGUGUAAACGGUGUUGCACAUGCCGAUGAGAUCUCAUACUUAUUCUAUUUACAAGAAUCUAGCAAAUUGGCCGAGGAUUCACACGAGCAUGUAACCAUUCAACGCAUGGUUGGUAUAUGGACAACUUUUGCGAAAUUGGGUGAUCCGAAUUGUGCGGAUAUCGAACCUCAUAUUUGGCUACCAAUAGAAAAGAAAAGUGCCGAUUAUGGGCUAAAUAUUAGCCAUGAGGUGCAAGUAAUGCAAAUACCAGAUGCCCCUAAGCUGGCCGCAUGGGAUGCUUUAUAUGACAAGCGAAUACUCUAUGGUUCCGUAUCUGAUGCAGAGGAAGAAUUUGAGAAGGACGCGAGCGCUAAUUAGCGCUACAGAGCACUAGGUAGAUACACUUGGUAAUCAAAAAUAAAUGUGCUUUUGAAUACAAACUUUUCAUGUUUUAGUAUUUAGUUUUAUUUGGGUUAACAAAAAA